CUACGUGUUUCUGUCUGUCUUUGCUGCUAAGAGCAGCGCGGCUCUCCUCGCUCCCUCUGAGCGCGCAAGAGCACAGCGCCUUUAGGGCCUGCUCGGGUCACCUAUCCGUCUCCCCCCUCCGCACGCGCGCUUUCAUCUUCGGGUGGAAGGCGCCGGCUGCAGUCCGCGCUCUCUUCCGCCUGACUGCACACGCACAAGCGGCGGCGGUGCCGGCGCCCCCCUUCUUGUUGCCCGUCACUCCGCUGCCGUUUCCUCCGCCUCUCAGUGCCCUGCUCAAGGACGAGGCGGGCUGCCCACUCGGCCUCUGUUCGCCUGUGGCACCCACCGCCAACAAGACAGAGCCGAGGAGGCGAAGAAAGAAGCGCCUCUUUCCCUCUUGGCUGGAAGCUGCCGCAGCAAGCUGGAGGUUGGAGAGGGAGCGGCGGGCGGCGGCGCGGGCGAUGAAGUGAGAAAAUAUCCUUGCAAUUUCUGUAUACAGAUAUGGAAUCGAUUUCUAUGAUGGAAAGUCCUAAAGUCUUAAAUGAAACUUUCUUACCAAAUGGCAGGGAUUAUAUCAAGGACACCAGUAAGAUUACAGUUGGCAUAAUUGGAAGUGGGGACUUCGCUAAAUCCUUGACCAUUAGGCUUAUCAGAUGUGGGUUCCACGUGGUAAUAGGAAGCAGAAACCCUAAAUUUGUUGCUGAAUUCUUUCCCCAUGUUGUUGAUGUCACUCAUCAUGAAGAUGCUGUGGCAAAAGCAAACAUAAUUUUCAUUGCUAUACGCAGAGAACACUAUGCAGCUUUGUGGGACCUCAAGCACCUACUUGUUGGUAAAAUCCUUGUCGAUGUCAGCAACAACAUGAAAAUUAACCAGUAUCCAGAAUCCAAUGCGGAGUACUUGGCAUCCCUUUUCCCAGAUUCCUUUGUUGUCAAAGGGUUCAAUGUUAUUUCAGCAUGGGCACUACAAGUAGGACCAAAAGAUGCAAGCAGACAGGUUUACAUAUGCAGUAACAGCAUUCAAGCUCGACAACAAAUUAUCGAACUUGCUCGUCAGCUCAAUUUUAUUCCUAUUGAUUUGGGCACUUUAUCAUCUGCAAGGGAGAUUGAAGAUUUACCUCUUCAACUGUUCACACUGUGGAAGGGACCAGUAAUAGUGGCUGUUGGCCUAGCCACCUUCUUUUUUAUCUAUUCCUUUAUUAGAGAUGUAAUACAUCCUUAUGUGAGGAAUCAGCAGAGUGAUUUUUAUAAGAUUCCUAUUGAAAUUGUGAACAAGACAUUGCCAGUUGUUGCAAUUACUUUAUUAUCUCUAGUGUAUUUAUCAGGGCUCCUGGCAGCUGCUUAUCAACUUUAUUAUGGUACUAAAUACAAACUGUUUCCACCCUGGUUAGAGAACUGGCUGCAAUGUAGAAAACAGCUUGGAUUACUUAGUUUUUUCUUUGCGACAGUUCAUGUUAUUUACAGCCUCUGCUUGCCUAUGAGGAGGUCAGAACGAUACCUAUUUUUAAAUAAAGCUUAUCAACAGGUCCGUGAAAAUAUUGAAAAUUCCUGGAAUGAGGAAGAAGUAUGGCGAAUUGAAAUGUAUGUCUCUUUUGGAAUAAUGAGCCUUGGACUGCUUUCUCUGUUGGCUGUGACUUCUAUUCCUUCAGUAAACAGAUCAUUAAAUUGGAGGGAAUUCAGUUUUAUUCAGUCUACACUUGGAUACGUCGCUCUUCUCAUAAGUACUUUCCAUGUAUUAAUUUAUGGAUGGAAAAGAGCCUUUGAAGAAGAAUGCUACAGAUUUUACACACCACCAAAUUUUGUUCUUGCACUUGUCUUGCCAUGCAUAGUAAUUCUGGGUAAGGUAAUUUUGCUUCUACCAUGUAUAAAUAGGAAACUGAGAAAGAUCAGAAGAGGAUGGGAAAAAAGACAAUUUAUAGAAGAUGGAUCUGAUUCAUAUCCCUCACCAGAAAGAAUUACAGUCAUGUGAUCAUACAGUGAAAAUAUUACCACAAUAUUUGUCCUUUUAAUGUCUGUACUUAAUAUAGGUUUUAUUUUAGACUGAAAUAUCUCAGGCAUUAAGUGAUAUUAUCAGAAUAUAAGCAAUACAGAUGAAGGCAGACAUUGCAUUUUCAGCAUAAUACAAAACACCUACAACAUUUUGAAGGAUUUGAUUUCUGGGAAGUAAAACUGUUUAAGCCACUCCUGUCAUUCCAAGACUACAGUUUUAAACAAAUUUAUAGGAGAGUAAGUUCCACUGAACUCAGUGGACUUUAUUCAGAAUAAAUUUCUUUAUGGUGGACUUGCUUGGAAACUGUUAGUUGUAGCUUCACUUGGGAUACCAAACUCAAUAAAGAGACCCCAGAACCACAAGCCCACCUGAACAGCCCUCUCAAAGUUGUCAGCAAAUUGUAACUUUUAAUAAAAUAAUUAUUCUUUGGGUUUUUAAUAAUCAUAUUAACUACAAUUGAUU